UAGGUGACAUCAACAGGAUGUGGGGUUUCAGGAUGAGCUUUGCAUCGCAUGAAAUGAAUUAAACCUCACAACUCCUUGGAACAGGAACCUGUUUUCAUAUGUGUACAUGGUUUUCACAAUGUGGUGAACUAAGUUGGACAUGAUACUCUGUUAAGGGUCUGACUGCUGCAGAGUAUAUUGGAACCACUGGGCUAGGAUUCAGAAAGAUUCUAGCUCCUUGCCUGCCAGGAACCAAUGGUUUGACCUUGGACAAGCCACUUCCCUUGUCUGGACUUCAUGCUCUUCAUCACUAAAGCGAGAGACUUACAAACUGCAGUGACUAUGUUGCUGGAAGGACUGAGCUGACUUUCGAAAGUGAGAGUGGCAUGCGGUCCUUAACAUCUCUGGUCUGUAACAACUCCCAUGGAGACCCCUGGCCUGGGAUGGUGGAAGAACCACAGACCUGGAACCAGAGGGCCUGGACUUCGACCGCAGAGAUUCUUUACCCAUGGUCUCUUAGGUUUAUGAACAAGGAAGCUGAAUGAAGUUUUUUUCCUUUCUGGGUGAGCCCCUGGGUUUCUGGAAGAUCCUUAAAAUCUUAAAAUGGCUUCUGAGCACUGAAGCCCAAGCUGUUAGCUGGCCUGUGUGAGGCCAUGAGACAGAAUGCCACAGCCACACCCCAAGGAUGCUGAAGGGGGUUUCCCUCUUCUGUGGUUUUUCUCCUUUCUCCUCGCAGGGCUCCUCCUACAUGGAAGAGGAGGGCAAUAAAGAAAUGGAAUGGAUCUCAUUUUUCCAUCUCUGACCUUUCCUGUGCUCCUUUCCAGUUAGUAGAGGAGGAAAAGUGUAGCCGAGUAGGAAGGAACACAGAAGUCACAGCAGUUCCAGCAAAGUCAGAGGUUCCAUGGAAGAGGCGCACACAGCAUGCGGCAACAGGGAAGACUUGACCAGGGGAUGGAUAGAGAUUCCACUGAGGAGGCUCCCCUGGCCACACUGGCUCUACAUCCAUGAGCCCGUCGGCAGCCUUGUCCACGGGGAAACCAAUGGACAGCCAUUCCAGCUACACGGACACCCCAGUGAGUGCCCCACGGACUCUGAGUGCAGUGGGGACCCCCCUCAAUGCCCUGGGCUCUCCAUAUCGAGUCAUCACCUCUGCCAUGGGCCCACCCACAGGAGCACUGGCAGCCCCUCCAGGAAUCAACCUGGUUGCCCCACCCAGCUCUCAGCUAAAUGUGGUCAACAGUGUCAGCAGUUCAGAGGACAUCAAACCCUUAGCAGGGCUUCCUGGGAUUGGAAACAUGAACUACCCGUCCACCAGCCCUGGAUCGCUGGUUAAACACAUCUGUGCCAUCUGUGGAGACAGAUCCUCAGGAAAGCACUACGGAGUGUACAGUUGUGAAGGCUGCAAAGGGUUCUUCAAGAGGACGAUAAGGAAGGACCUCAUCUACACAUGUCGGGAUAAUAAAGAUUGCCUCAUUGACAAGCGUCAGCGCAACCGCUGCCAGUACUGUCGCUAUCAGAAGUGCCUUGUCAUGGGCAUGAAGAGGGAAGCUGUGCAAGAAGAAAGACAGAGGAGCCGGGAGCGAGCUGAGAGUGAGGCAGAAUGUGCCAGUAAUGGUCAUGAAGACAUGCCCGUGGAGAGGAUUCUAGAAGCUGAACUUGCUGUUGAACCAAAGACAGAAUCCUAUGGUGACAUGAACAUGGAGAACUCGACAAAUGACCCUGUUACCAACAUAUGUCAUGCGGCUGACAAGCAGCUUUUCACCCUCGUUGAAUGGGCCAAGCGUAUUCCCCACUUCUCUGACCUCACCUUGGAGGACCAGGUCAUUCUGCUUCGGGCAGGGUGGAAUGAAUUGCUGAUUGCCUCUUUCUCCCACCGCUCAGUUUCCGUGCAGGAUGGCAUCCUUCUGGCCACGGGUUUACAUGUCCACCGGAGCAGUGCCCAUAGUGCUGGGGUCGGCUCCAUCUUUGACAGAGUUCUAACUGAGCUGGUUUCCAAAAUGAAAGACAUGCAGAUGGACAAGUCGGAGCUGGGGUGCCUGCGAGCUAUUGUGCUCUUUAACCCAGAUGCCAAGGGCCUCUCCAACCCCUCUGAGGUGGAGACUCUGCGAGAGAAGGUUUAUGCCACCCUUGAGGCCUACACCAAGCAGAAGUAUCCGGAACAGCCAGGCAGGUUUGCCAAGCUGCUGCUGCGCCUCCCAGCUCUGCGCUCCAUUGGCUUGAAAUGCCUGGAGCACCUCUUCUUCUUCAAGCUCAUCGGGGACACCCCCAUUGACACCUUCCUCAUGGAGAUGUUGGAGACCCCGCUGCAGAUCACUUGAGCCCCACCAGCCACAGCCUCCCCACCCAGGAUGACCCCUGGGCAGGUGUGUGUGGACCCCCACCCCGCACUUUCCUCCACCUACCACCCUGACCCCUUUCCUGUCCCCAAAAUGUGAUGCUUAUAAUAAAGAAAACCUUUCUACACAUGA